CAAUGCAUUUGCACUGCAUUGUUUUUUUACAAACUGUUAAACACAUACAUAAUGUCUUAUUCAUUGUGAAAGAAAAAAAACACAAAUAUUACAAAUCAAUCAAAUAUUAUAUUUCACAAACGAUGUCGAUAUCAUUUUUGUGAAAACUGUGAUAAUUCCUAAACUUGUGCAUCUAAGAUCACAUCGGAGGCUUAGAAAAAAUUAUUUAGCGUUAAAUUCAAGAUUAAAACUAUAGUUUUAUGAGAUAAGAAAAGCUAGGCAACUCUGUGGAGCUUGUAGUGCAGAAGUGAGCUUUAAAUCGUUAAACUCUUGACACAAUGCCAUUAUAAGAACUUGGGUGACGUUGAGUUAACCAAUGAACGAGUAAAAAGGGGGUGUGACGUAUGACUCCCCGUAGAAAAGGCGCGGAAUGUAGCUGAGGUAGGGAGAAGGUGGGACUGCAGCGGACCCAGGAAGGCACUACUGGGAGUGCUGACGAGGAUUUGUUUUUAGAAGGAGCCAAUAGUCCACUAUCAUCGCAAAAACGGAAGGAAAAGCCAGCGGUAAACUACAACGAGCCGAGGAUACCAUCAGCUCUCUCAAAAUGACUGGGGGACAGAGAGACAGCAUACACCCUCGGACGCAUUCAGUCUGAUCUCCAAAACCCUCAAGCAAACUCACUGAGCACGGUCUUGCAUCAGCAUCAGCAAACAUUGCAAAUCUCUCGGCGGUGUGUUUUUUUCCCUGCUACGAAGGAGCAUCUUUUACGCUUCAGUCUAGGCAUUGGUGUCAUCAUUUAACAUUUCGUAUAUGUUGUCAUCAGGAGUACAGUAACUAAUAUUAGACGUUUUUGGCUUCCAGCACUCUUGUCUGCUUUCUGUAGCUGUUCUGUUCUGACAUCAUUGGAGUCAGAAAGGCGUUAUGAAUUUUUAAUGGACUGUUGUAAACGCCAAAUUAAGGAGAAUAUUUUGGGACUGGACACAGAGGAUCCGACAGGCGAUCCUUCUCAGCGGGUGCAUUACGAAUGAAAUCUUGCAGGAGUGUAUUUUUGUAAGGACAUGCAAGAAAAGGUAAAGCGUUAGAUUGGCCGAGAUAAAUAAUUACCAUAUGUCAGUUAAUAUACCACUGUCAUAACCUCGGGUGGUGAAUUAAUUCCAAAGUUUAAGUUCAAGCGUAUAUUUCGGUAUAGCCCAAGUGAAGGCCGGGCUUCUUUUUAAAAAAAAAAUUUUUUUUAGAAACUGAGCUGCUGAAGAAAGCCAGAAGAAACUUUCAAUACAUUGGCUCUAGUUUUAUGGAAGUUUUGGCUUUUAGAUCUGAGGAAACCACGUGUUCUUCCACAACGAUGCUCUUUCACGGCCUCCCCGGAGGCGAGAUGCAAGGAGUUAUCGAUGAAAUGGACCGGAGAGGCAAAGGAGACUCUGCUGGAAUCAGCUCGGCCAUCGACAUGGGCGAAACCGAAGCGAGCCUAACGUCUAUCAACGGCGACCGAGUGGCCUUGUGUGCCGGCUGCGGGGGGAAGAUUUCCGACCGCUACUACCUGCUGGCGGUGGACAAACAGUGGCAUAUGCGCUGCCUCAAAUGUUGCGAGUGUAAGCUCAACCUGGAGUCCGAGCUUACCUGCUUCAGCAAAGAUGGCAGCAUAUACUGCAAGGACGAUUAUUACAGCAGGAGAUUUUCCGUGCAGAGAUGUGCCCGGUGCCACCUUGGGAUAUCGGCAUCGGAGAUGGUUAUGCGGGCGAGAGACUUGGUCUAUCACCUGAACUGUUUCACUUGCACCACAUGCAACAAAAUGCUUACAACUGGAGACCAUUUCGGAAUGCGUGACAGCUUGGUGUACUGUCGGCUACACUUCGAGACAUUAAUACAAGGGGAAUAUCAGGCGCAUUUCAAUCACACGGACGUAUCCACGGUCAAGGGACUCGGUGCAGGCACUGCGAACUCUCUGGGACUUCCGUACUACAACGGAGUGGCAACAGUGCAGAAAGGGAGACCACGGAAAAGAAAAAGUCCCGGGCCCGGAGCAGAGCUGGCGGCUUACAAUGCAGCAUUGAGUUGCAAUGAGAAUGAUGGGGACCACCUGGACCGCGACUCACAUUACAGCUCAGGACAGAAGUCCAAACGCAUGCGGACGUCCUUCAAGCACCACCAGCUAAGGACCAUGAAGUCUUACUUUGCCAUCAACCACAACCCUGAUGCCAAGGACCUCAAACAGCUGGCCCAGAAAACUGGUCUCACGAAACGGGUACUACAGGUGUGGUUUCAGAAUGCGCGUGCCAAGUUCAGGCGGAACCUGCUCCGCCAGGAGAGUGGGGGCAUGGACAAGGUGUCAGACGGGUCAACCCUGCCAGGCGGCUCGCCCUCGGGGCCCCCGUCGGAGCUGUCCAACUGCUCCAUGAGCCCCUCCAGCACACCCUCGGCCCUCACCGACCUCACCAGCCCCUCCAUGCCCAACGUCAACCCCGUCCUGACGGCCGUGCCGGGGGGUCUGGACCCCCACGACUCCAUGAGCCCGUCCCAGACCACCCUCACCAGCCUCUUCUGAUGGCACCCAGAGGGGGAUUAUAGGACCGUCCUCUCUCUCUCUCUUUCUCUCUCUCUCUCCUCGGCGGAGCCGACAGAAGCACUAGGACGCCAGCGUACCUGCUGACGCUCUCGCCCCUGAGCACUCUCGGGAGCUCCCAGCUCUGAGCUCUUUUCACACGGGCUGCGGCUACACUCCGUAUGGAACAGUUGGUGUUGACUCUGGAGAAAGUCUUUUGGCUCUUGUUUGUGUCAAUGUUUCUGCCAUGUUUACAGGUCCUGAUGAUUAAUCGGCCGCGCUGUCAGACACAUGUCCGUCUCUCCUUCUCUCCCCGUACACUCUGGGAAAAAAGGUUUUAUGAGAGGAAAAUGUCAAUAUGUCUAAAGUAAGGGGAUGUAACAUAAAAUGCCCAUGUCAUCUGGAAGAAUGUAGCGUGCCUUAUCAUUGUAUCACAUUGCAAUUACUCUGAAACAGCCCCAGCGAUAUAAUGUGCUUCCUUCAAGAAUACCUAUGAUUGGUGGAGCUUUGGAGAUAGCAGGAGGUAGCAGCCAGGGCCAUGGAUAUCUCAAAUAAAGAACCACAUGUGACAACACCUGGUUCCUCUCCACUGAAACAUUAACCCUACUUAAAGCUGCUACAAGCGAUACGUUCUUAGAAUACUUUAGCUAGCGAUUUUCACAUUUUGAGAGCUAACAUACAGCUAAAACAUGACGUGACGAAAAGAUGUAUCUGGGAGUUUGCUGGUCUCUGAACUUAUCACCAACAAAUUUCAACACAACGUGUCAGUCAGAAAACCUGCAAAGACAGAGACCUAAAUACCUGCCAAUAAUGUUACAUGUGCAUAGCACAUUCAAUUGUAGCGGUCUGGCAAAAGCCAACAAGAACAGCUAAUAUUGCUUCAAGCAGCUUUAAUUGAACACACAGGGUUUUUUUUACAAAGGAUGAGUUGUUUGUAUGAAGCAACAAGGAGAUAUUGCAAUGGCCAUUUAUGUAAUGACCAUGAGCUGUAAAGCCCCGGUAUAAAUAUCAAUGGCAGAAAUUGUUGGUGGUGGCUGAAAUGUAUUGUGAAUGGAUCAGUGAAGGGAUUGAUUGGUCAGUGAAACUAAACCCUAAUAGUGUAACACAUUUGGUUAACACUAGGGAUUUGCCCAGUCACCUAAAAGUAAAAAAAAUAAAAAUAAAUAAAACAUUUUGUUCUGAAAAUGUUUGGAAAUUCUAAUCAUCACGAUUCCUCAGUGAUGCAUGUAUGUUGGUGGAAAAACACUAGUGCUUUUGUCAAUGACUAUCUCCAUCAUUUGUGACCUCAAAAAAAUAUACAUGAAAAACAUCCAACACGUUACCUCAGUCUUGAACACUUCAGAGCAUUGAUUGCCAUUGUUCCAGCACUUUUUUGUUUGUUGUCAGUUCUUGGAGUGUUCCCCCUGGAAUCAUGUGACUGACUGUGGCAUUGCCAGAACCGGACCUCCCUGGAAUAGAAGAAUAAAAAUCACAUCAAAAUCAUCUUGUGCCCAAACAGAAAAAAAACUAUUGAUUUUUUUUUUACACUCACUGACGUCUCUGCUGGAGCUGCUGUUGUGAAGAGAGGGUCGGAUAAACAGUGGGACAAAUCAGGGAAAUGAUUACAAAUCCACAGACUUUCACAGAGAAGCUCAAUGUUUAUCUGACGCAGCCCAUCGGACAGGACACAUUUUGACGCAGUGGAAUAGAGAUGACUCUUUUCCAUGGAGGAGGACAAUAUUUUGCCUUUUCUUUUGUGUGUACGGUGAGCUGCUUCUUUAUUUCUCCUACAAUGGCACUGUUUGUCCUCCCUGAUCCUGUACUGUUGGCCUACUUUUAUGUUCUUCAACCUUUGUUUCUGUUCAAAUAUAAAAAAGGUGAAUACAA